GCAGCACUUCCGCUUUCCUUUCGGCUCCCGCCCCGCUCCGCCAUCAUGAAGUCCUGAACAAAAACGGAUGAGAGUCGAGCAAAAUGGGGAGAACAUGAACUGGACAUGGAUUCCACCGACAGCACUAACGCAAUGACAGUACACAGUGGAGCGCGGAGCGGAGCCGUGGAAAGGAAUGAACACGUUUGUCGUUGAAAACUCAGCAGACGGCUUCUGGCGAUAGGUUAUAUUAGUUAGCAGUGUGGCUAACAGCAGUUCUCGAGCUAGCCUGUGGUUUUCUUGUGGAGACAGCUCUGCUGCUGCUGCUGCUGCUGCUGCUGGUUGGCAGAGGCGUCCGUCAGCAGCAAGCUGUCACUUCAACUGCCUGCCACUGUGCUCCAUGUCAAGUAGCGCAGACCGUUUGACUGAGAUCAUCGGGAUGGAGGGGGACCUCGAAAAAAGCGUCGGCAGACAGAAUGUGGCUGGGUCGUGUUGAAUAGACACCAGCGCCGAGGGGGAGUGAGACCAAUAUUUUUCCUGCCAGGCCGGUUAGCUAGCUCUAGAGCUAGCUACAGUGGAUCCCAAAAGCCACGGCGCUGAUCAUGCCAUCGAGUGUGCGGGCCGGGAGCCUGAAGGACCCGGAGGUGGCUGAACUGUUCUCCCGGGACGAUCCCGAGAAGCUCUUCACAGACCUGAGGGAGAUUGGACAUGGGAGCUUUGGAGCAGUUUACUUUGCCCACGACAUCCGCACCAAUGAGGUGGUGGCCAUCAAGAAGAUGUCCUUUAGUGGCAAACAGUCCAACGAGAAAUGGCAGGAUAUCAUCAAGGAAGUCAAGUUCCUCCAGAAACUGCGCCACCCCAACACCGUCGAGUACCGCGGCUGCUAUCUGAGAGAGCACACAGCAUGGCUGGUGAUGGAGUACUGCUUGGGUUCAGCCUCUGACCUCUUGGAAGUCCACAAGAAACCCCUCCAGGAGGUGGAAAUAGCUGCCAUAAUCCAUGGUGCAUUGCAGGGAUUGGUGUACCUACACUCUCACAACAUGAUUCACAGGGACGUGAAAGCAGGAAACAUCUUGCUAACAGAGCCGGGUCAAGUCAAACUGGGUGACUUUGGCUCUGCCUCCAUUGUUGCUCCAGCCAACUCUUUUGUGGGAACACCUUACUGGAUGGCCCCUGAGGUGAUCCUGGCCAUGGACGAGGGUCAGUACGACGGGAAGGUAGAUGUGUGGUCACUUGGCAUUACCUGCAUAGAGCUGGCGGAAAGGAAGCCUCCUCUGUUCAACAUGAAUGCUAUGAGUGCCUUAUACCACAUCGCCCAGAAUGAGAGCCCCGUGUUGCAGUCUAAUCACUGGUCUGACUAUCUCCGCAAUUUUGUGGACUCCUGUUUGCAGAAGAUUGCCCAGGACAGACCUACCUCUGAUGUGCUGCUCAAGCACCACUUCAUGUGCAGGGAACGUCCCAUUACAGUGGUGAUGGACCUGAUCGCACGCACCAAGGACGCUGUCCGUGAGCUGGACAAUCUUCAGUACCGGAAGAUGAAGAAAAUCCUCUUCCAUGAGGCACACAACGGUCCUGCUCCAGAGGGAGGGGAUGAGGAGGAGGAUGUGGAGCAGUACAUGCUGCGCACCGGCACAGUCAACAGUAUGGAGAGCUCCCACUCUCUGCCAUCCAUGUCAAUCAGUGCCAGCUCCCAGAGCAGCUCUGUCAACAGCCUGGCGGACGGCUCUGAUGACAGCGGGGAGAUGGCCAUGAUGCAGGAGGGAGAGCACACCGUCACCUCCAAUAGCUCCGUCCUGCACAAGCCCCUGAGCCAUGACAACAUCUACGAUGAUCCCUAUCAGCCAGAGGUCGACUUGCAACGAGAGGUUUCUGCCAGUGGAGGAGGAGGAGGAGGAGGGAGGCGCCGUCGAGGCAGAGACCACUUUGCCACCAUCAGAACAGCCUCACUCGUCACUCGCCAGAUCCAAGAACACGAACAGGGCUCAGCGCUGAGAGAGCAGAUGUCUGGGUACAAGCGAAUGCGGCGGCAACACCAGAAGCAGCUGAUGGGUCUGGAGAACAAGCUGAAGGCAGAGAUGGACGAGCACCAGCUGAGACUGGACAAAGAGCUGGAGAACCAGAGGAACAGCUUCUCAAUGGAGGGGGAUAAACUCUCCAAGAAGCACCAGGCUAUUCUGGAGAAGGAGACUAAGGCCGUCAUGACUGAGGAGAAGAAGUUCCAGCAGCACAUCCUGGCUCAGCAGAAGAAGGAGCUGACCGGUCUGCUGGAGUCGCAGAAACGUCAGUAUCGACAACGAAAGGAGCAGCUCAAAGAGGAACUAAACGAGAACCAGUCGACGCCAAAGCGAGAGAAACAGGAGUGGUUGGUGCAUCAGAAGGAGUGUCUGCAGCAGCUGCAGGCGGAAGAGGAGGCCAAUCUGCUGCGGCGCCAGAGGCAGUACUACGAGCUUCAGUGUCGUCAGUACAAGAGGAAGAUGUUGCUGGCACGCCACAACCUGGAGCAAGAUUUGCUGCGAGAGGACCUGAACAAGAAGCAGACGCUGAAGGACUUGGAGUGCGCCAUGCUGCUGCGUCACCACGAGUCCACCCAGGAGCUGGAGUUCCGCCAGCUGGGUCUGGUGCAACGCACGCGCGCUGAGCUGAUCCGCACGCAGCACCAGACGGAGCUCACCAACCAGAUGGAGUACAACAAGAGGCGCGAGCAAGAGCUGCGGCAGAAACACGCCGUGGAGGUCCGCCAGCAGCCCAAGAGCCUCAAAUCCAAAGAGCUUCAGAUCAAGCGUCAGUUCCAGGACACGUGUAAGAUCCAGACCCGUCAGUACAAGGCCCUGCGCAACCACCUGCUGGAGAACACGCCCAAGUCGGACCACAAGGCCGUGCUGAAGCGGCUGAAGGAUGAGCAGACGCGUAAGCUGGCCAUCCUGGCCGAGCAGUAUGACCACUCCAUCAAUGACAUGCUGUCCACUCAGGCUCUGCGACUGGAUGAAACUCAGGAAGCGGAGUACAAGGUGCUGCGGAUGCAGCUGCAGCAGGAGCUGGAGCUGCUCAACGCCUACCAGAGCAAGAUCAAGAUCCACACUGACACACAGCAUGAGAGGGAGGUCAAGGACCUGGAGCAGAGGGUCUCCAUCCGCCGCGCCUUGUUAGAACAGAGGAUCGAGGAGGAGAUGCUGUCGCUGCAGAACGAACGCUCCGAGCGUAUCCGCACGCUCCUGGAGCGUCAGGCCAGUGAGAUCGAGGCCUUUGACUCGGAGAGCAUGCGCCUGGGCUUCAGCAACAUGGCACUGACUGGCAUCCCCAGCGAGGCCUACCCCAAGCAGGGCUAUUCCAACGCCCCCGCCCCCAGCUCCCGCUCUGCCGGCCACUGGAGCCACGGCAUUCACCCGCAGAACAUGCCGGCGCUGCAGCAGCACUCCCGCCGCAGCCACAACAGCAGCAGCAGCAGCAGCAGCGGCAUUGGCAGCAGCAGCAGCAGCGGAGGCGACCGCAGGAGCGAAGUGUCCUCUUCCUCCCACGCCCUGGGAAUGGCCCUCGGGUUGGUCCGGGAUGGAAGGGAGGUGCAUCACUCGUCCCGCUCUUCUGCCUCCUCUUCCUCCUCCUCAUCCUCGUCUUCCUCCCACCACCAGCGGCACCACCUGCCCCAGCACUACCACCACCAGAGCACGCCACAGCUGUACCGCGAGCGGGAGCGGGAUCGAGAUAGGGAGCGGGAGAAGGAGAGGGAGCGGGAGUGGGCUGGAGUGAGAGGCUCCGGCGGUGACCUGGCCCACCCACACCCCCUGCCCUUCUCCCAUCACCUGCCCUCACGCUCCUCCUCCCAGUCCCUGGCCAUGCUACCUCCCCCACCACCUGCCCCUCCCUCCAUCUCCGGCCCCUCCUCCUCUUCCUCGUCCUCCUCCUCCUCGCAGGGUGGGAUAUAUGGUGGCGGCGGGCUGGGUGUGCGUGGUGCCCCUAGUCUGAUGGCGCUGAGGAAUAGUCCCCAGCCUCUGAGGAGGACGGCGUCUGGAGGGGGACCUGGAGGUGCUGGGGGCAGCGACGGUGUUCUGAGCCGCAGCACCUCCGUCACUUCACACAUCUCUAACGGCUCACACCUCUCUUACUCUUAGAUGGGAGAUGGAAGGGAGGGCGUGAUUUUAGGAUGGUAGCUAUCACAGGUUGCAUCUCAAUAUUCUCAGUUUGCCUCAAGUGUUCUUUCCUGGAAGAAUGUCAGCUCUCAGAACAGCUAACAUGCAGAGGAUUCUGGGAUAUUACUGUUUCCUCUUCCAUAAAACCAGGAGGCAAACUGGGGCUACAUCCAUACUACUGUGUUUUCAUUUGAAAACAGUAUUUCUUUUUGAAAUCCAUACUAACACACCUGAAAACAAUGAUAAUAUGAAUAUUCAGGUUCACUGAGCAUGAUGAUGCUGAUUCUCUCCUCUGCAGAAAAGUGUUUCCAAUGAGAAACAACGAUAGUUGAUGUCAGAGCAAGGGUUUCUGUUAGUGGACAGAUAACUGAAGUGUUAACACUUUUUCAUUCACAACUGGUAGUUUUGGCUGAUAUGAACUAAACAGGAAGCGAAUGCGAGUAACUAAGACUAAGAUCCAGACCACGUGUGGGUAUUUUUUGAAAACGUACAUUAGCUCUCAGAAAACGCACAUUUCAGAAAAAUCCCUGAAUUUCACAAUCUCCCUUCAUAGUGUAUAUGCAUUAACAGAGGAGACAGGGAGUUGUUGGCCCCGUCCCCAUGGAAACAGAACGAAAUGUAAACAAUCGUUUUCUUUGUUGUUCCAUAAACACGGCGUCCUUUCAGGAAAUUAUCAUCAUCCGCACAAAACCUCCCAAAACCAACUACUAUUACUGAACAAGAAAAGAAAUAAAGUUUAUUUGAAUUAUACAUUACAAUGUUUGCAGCCACAGACACAGAACGACGAACGAAACGUCGUGUGUUGUUGUCGAUCAGGUUUAUUUACGGCCAGACCUGUGCUAGUGUUAGCAUUGCUUACUGGAGUUUUACUAUGGUGACACUUUGGCUGUGUUCCAUUUAAAUUGGAGCAUUAAAGCGUUAUUGAGCUAGCCAUUGUUAGCAACACCAGUCAGUAGCAAUGCUCCAUGUGGUAUUCCGUGUGCAUACAUAGCGUAGCAACAUGUCUUGAACAGUACUACACGGUUGAACAGUACUACACGGUUGAACAGUACUACAUGAUUGAACAGUACUACAUGGUUGAACAGUACUAUGUGUGCUAUUCAUGGUGAAAGUAGCAGUGUUUCUAUGGUGACGGCCGUCUUGGGUUGGUGAAGUGUCAGAGUUGGAAGUUCAAACCUCGGAAACUUCGGAGUUUUGACUACGAAUGGAACCAAUUUUUUGAAUCUUGUUUUUGUGAGUGGUUUUUCUACAGGAACAGACAUUUUGUCUAUCUCUCUCCCGAUUGGCCGACAAGGCUCGACAGUCAUAGUUAUAUUGCCGCCUGGUGACUCGGCAUGUUUUGAUAGCACCUAACAGUGGGUCUUUGUGUUUUCAUGUGGACGAAGAUCUUUUAGAAAACUUGUGUGGACGCCCCCGAGUUUGCGAACACAAUUUUGGAGCUCGCGUUGUUUUCAGACCGUUGUCAGGACAGUAUGAUAGCAGAUGAAUCAGCAGCAGAGUGGAUUUGUUUUGAAAUGAAAAUGGAACAGUGUAGAUGUAGCCCGACUGUACUGAGCUGCAGCCUGCGUCUUUAGACUCAGGGUGGCUCCAGAGCUUUUCCCCCAUUCUCACAGGUAUAAAAAAAAAGGGAGGGAGGACCUGUAACACCACCAUUGCAGUGAGGUGAAGUUAGACUGUGUGUACUGUUUUAUGUAAAAAAGUCAAAUAGGAAUGUGUGAAGAGAAAGACAUUCAGCCUUUUUUUUCCCUCCCAGAGCUGCAGAGACAGAGAGAGAGGACGGCAGCCAUGUCUUCUUCUAUGAUGUUCUACAAUGGAAUGGAGAAAGAGAGAGGACGGGGGGGGGGGAGACGAACAAAGGGGAGUAAUGUGCGCUCGUUUUUGCAUUGUGUACGUACCUGUAUGUAGUGUGUAGUGUCUAGAUAUUAUCUAGCAAGCACUCGCAGCUCCUGAAAGGAAAAAAAGAGCGGAGAAUCACAAAAGCUGGGUCAUUUGAGUUUCCAGCCCGGAGGAGACUGGAAAAAUACUUUAUUGAUUUUCAGCAUUCAAGGUUGUUGUUUUUUAAGUACAGUAUAUAAAAAAAAAAGAACACAAAAAUGAGUUUCUCGGAACAUCACCGAUGCCUUUAAGGGGUUCUUAAAGGGAUGUUAUGCCUCAAGAGUGUUUAUGGGACGAUUUCAAACCCAGAAUGUUUUUAGAGACUGUUAGCUCAGCAGGGACGAGGAGAAACAUUCAUGUACACAUGAGAAAAACACAAAAAAAGCUUUUUGGGAUCCAUGGCAUAUUGAGUAUCUAAAUAACAGGUGUCUCACGCCGGCCGAUGCAUGAAAUAGAUGUACAGUAGAAACAUUUGUUAACAUGACCAAACACAUUUGAAGUGUGCUGUUCCUGUCCCAGUCUCACCGGCAUCUCACCUCACUUUCCUUUCUGCGAUCUUUAUUGUACAUAUUUAUGGGGAAUAUUAUGAAGAAAAUCAAGUGGUUUGGUUUUAUAGUGUCACAGAGAUAACAAUUGUAGUUUUUUUUGAUAUAUUCAAACAAGUAUUGAAUUCAAAGGUUUAGAGCAACAACGAUCCCGACGGCAUUUUUUUUAUUGGUGUCAAUAUUACCAUAACUAACCCUGAUGUAAUUGCUGUUGUAAUCAUGUUCCUGUUUUUCUCAUAAGGAGAA